UGCGACAUCUAUCGGUGGCUAGCAACCUAGUGAACCAACUCGAAUCGCCUUAGCUACACAUUUCUCAUUCACCGUGAAAGUUGACACCAAUCGCGCCUUUGAUGACAAACCAUCUCCACCUAAUUUGAUCGCAUGGUGUGCUCCAUCAGUAUCUACCAGAAAUAACGCAUCCACCACGAGCGUUUUUUCAUUACUUUGAAUCAAUCGGAAUGCACAUCUGCCAUUCACCGUGAAGCUGACACCAGAGUCCACAAGUGCCGUCUCACACGUGUUUGCGGCGAGAAGCCACCAUCUCAUCAGCUAAGCCUACUUUCAUCGCGUAGUUUGGCACAUCGCUAUCUACAAGAAAUCGCUCGGUUACCAGCGACAUCUUCCAGUGCCCAGCGGAGAUCGUGAAUACCACCAACUAAUUCUUUGCUACAUAUAUCGGAGAAUUUCACCGCACGAGACCGGGUAACUCCACCCAACAAAAUAAUGGCUCCCAGAAAUCCUGAAAUCCAUAGCUGUCUAAUUUGCGACCGUUUUCAUCCGUUACGUUUUUGCCGACAGUUCCUCGAAAUGGACAUAGGGGCUCGUCGACGAGCAGUCCGCGAACAUGGCUACUGUUUUAAUUGUCUCGCCAGAUCUCAUCGCACGUACGAGUGUACCUCCGACGAUGUGUGCAAAAUAUGCCGACAGGAACACCACUCCCUCCUGCAUCUUUACCCGAUGAUGCGAAUUAGCCGAGACGAGUUGGAACGAUCCCGGGCUAGGCAAAGAGUGGAACGAGCACCAGUAAAUGAUGCUCAUGCUCAUAAUCGACAGAGACACCGAGAUGAAGACCCCAAUAGACUGGAAGCGAGACGACAAUUUGAUGAAGAGAGGCGUAGAGCGAGAAGACUUAUCGUCCGAGCACCGAUGGGCAGAAACAAUGUCGAAGGUCUCAGAUCAUCUGUACCUCGGUACAUGAUUCAAUUGGCCAUAAGAACCCUAAAACGAGUGACCGAAGCUCUGGACAACUGAAUAAUUGGCCUUUCUGCCCAAGGCGGGGAGCAUGUUGAAUGGACUGACCUUCCAGCCACAUCGUUUGUUGUUGAAUAGACUUAUCCCAACAAUUUUGAAUUUAUAUUAAGAUCUCAAUGAAGUAUUUGAACUAUGAUUAAUCGUAAGAAACCGUUAAUGAGUAAUAGAUUAGUAUGUUCCAAUGUAAUGGAUUAAAAGAUAGAUUGGAAUUGAUUAAAUAAGAAACCGGUACUAGUAAUGAUGAGUGGCAACACUUCUUUGGAAUAUGGAGGUAGCCUGCGAGCUACGAGCCGAGUUUCCUUCUUCUUUGGUUAGCAACCGUCAUCGACUAGACAUCUCACAAGAAAAUAAA